ACGGAUGUGCUGUCUAUGAGUACACUAUACACAGUAGUGUAGAGACAAUGAGCGAAAUAAUUGAAUGCAUAUCUAAUGUUGAGAGCGAACUAAACCUAAACAAAUCGGUGGACAGUUGGCAAUCGUUGGGCUCCACAGCGACCACAGCGUCGCCGGUGCCGUCGGACGACUCGUCAUACGUGCUGUCCGUUUCCCAUAAGGACUCGCUUCGGCACCAGUUGUCACAUAUCCGACACAUGAGGGAUGAGUACGAGACACACCUCCGACUGCGGGACGCGUUGAGAAAAAUGAUGAAAAUCUCGAAAUCCAGAGAAUGUGAAAACGAAUGGAAAGAAAACUCAAGGAUUUUGAUCACAUUUGAGAAACAGUUGGAACUAAUGAUCGGUUAGUAUUGCCAC